AUGGAACCAGGCUCUCAGGCAGGCGCCCUGCAGGAGAUCCUGGACUGUCUGUGUCGAGAGAACGACCCAGGAAAGAUCUACAAAACACUGAAGAAACUGUCUUCUGUGCCUAUCCUGUGCGACAGCCUGGCAGAGAUUGGCUUCAGAAAGACCAUAAAAACGUUGAAGAAUCAGCAGCUCCUGCUCCCCUUUGUUAAGGACCUAGUAGACAAGUGGUCACCGGGGUUCGUGCUGGGACCUCAACAAGAGCUAGACUCCCUGGACUUUGGAUUGCUGAGGAGCCACAGGACAGUGCAUCAGAGCACUGGUCUAGAAGAGACAAACCAGGAGCAAAUAUUCCAGACGCCCAGGAGUCCAAGCCUGGAUCCAGCAGAAAACAGGAGCUCUGAGCAGUAGCCAGCUGUCCGGGACCCAGGGCAGGUCCCACCACCAUGCAAGAGGAAGAGUGAACUCCCCUGGCUUGAGGAAGCUCGGAGGCCUCCCGCAAAGAUUCGUCGAGGUGAUUCUCAAGUAUCCAAGGUCCAGAGUCCCAUGGCUGACUGUGCUAGCCCAGACUCUCGGUGCAGUGGUAAAACCUGCCUUGCUGUGGAUGGUGUCCCGCAGCCUUCUUCCUCUCAGCUGGAUGGAGAAGCGUCACCUAGGGGCUGGUAUCUCAGAAAGAACAACAAAACGCCAGUCUAUUCAGGUUGUCUUCCAGCAGACUCUUGUCCUCAGGAAUCCCACCCAGGGCUCCUUGGGAAGCCCUCGGCUGGCAUCAGGAAUGCUAGUCUCGGACAAUCGGCCCAAGAAGAAACUGAGCCUGGGCAGUCCAAGGAGAAGACACAGUGCCAGACGCAGACUAGCAAGCAAAGACCGAGCUUGACUAAGCCCUCUGCACACCUGUGUCUUCAGGAGUCCCAAGAGGAGAGGCUGCAGGCCCUCAGAGCCCGCAUCCAAAGCUCAAAGGCCACGAGGCUGCAAGCGAGACAGACAACCAUGAUCUCCUUCCAUACCCAGCACAAGAGCCCAGGUCAACAAGGGGAGCUUGGACCCAGAAGGGGUGAUACAGUACCAACUUCCCACAGUCUUCCUGAGGCACCUGCCCAUCCAGGAUCCCAGAAGCUUUCCUGCCUGCCCUCUGGAGCAAAAGGCCCCAAAAAGGCGCCAGCUAAGAGACCUGCUCCACUCAUGGCCAAGGCACUCAGGGACUACAGCCGUGGUUCUACACAAACUGAAUGGCUGAUGCUCUCCACAGUCACAAUACCUGCCACUCCUGGGACUGGGAAGGACUGGGCAUACACUCUUUCUCCUGGAAGAACUGGCACAGAACACACUGUGGUUGUCAAGCUCCAGACACACUCCACAGCACCCUUUUCUGGAGUUUUCAGUGUGCCUCUGGACAAGAUUUUCCAACCUUAACCCUUGUCCCAUGGCAAGUUGUACAUCAUGCUCCAAAUGGACAUGGAACCAGGCUCUCAGGCAGGCGCCCUGCAGGAGAUCCUGGACUGUCUGUGUCGAGAGAACGACCCAGGAAAGAUCUACAAAACACUGAAGAAACUGUCUUCUGUGCCUAUCCUGUGCGACAGCCUGGCAGAGAUUGGCUUCAGAAAGACCAUAAAAACGUUGAAGAAUCAGCAGCUCCUGCUCCCCUUUGUUAAGGACCUAGUAGACAAGUGGUCACCGGGGUUCGUGCUGGGACCUCAACAAGAGCUAGACUCCCUGGACUUUGGAUUGCUGAGGAGCCACAGGACAGCGCAUCAGAGCACUGGUCUAGAAGAGACAAACCAGGAGCAAAUAUUCCAGGUAAACCGAGUUGCUGGGGGACCGGUAUUUUUUGGGCUCAGCAAAUGCAACCCAGGCUGGAUCCAUUGCCUGAGCCCUAGCUGCAAAUCCAACAGAGAUUUUCACUCACAGACGCCCAGGAGUCCAAGCCUGGAUCCAGCAGAAAACAGGAGCUCUGAGCAGCAGCCAGCUGUCCGGGACCCAGGGCAGGAAGGAAUCCAGGGUGCGAGCUUUGAGGAGCCUUUGAGCAUGAGGGGCCUUUGA